CAACCUAACAACACAUACUCUCUAACACACCUACUUGCCCACACACAUCAAAUACCACAUUGAAAAAAAAAUGGCUGGAGUUUGGGUGUUUAACAAUGGUGUAUAUCGGCUGGAAAAUAGUCUCCGGAGACGGGUUUUGGUGCACUUACCAUCGGGUGAAGUUGUAUCGUCCUACUCAUCCUUGGAGCGCAUUUUGAGAGGUUUAGGGUGGGAAAGGUACUACGGGGGUGACCCUGAUCUCUAUCAAUUCCACAAGCACUCUUCCAUUGAUCUCAUUUCACUCCCUAAGGAUUUCUCCAAGUUCUGCUCCGUUCACAUGUAUGAUAUUGUCGUUAAGAACCCCAACGUCUUCCACGUAAGAGAUAUGUGACGGUCACACCACCCGCCACAGCUACCUCUCUUUUAUCGCUUGUGUUAUCCUUUUUCUUCUCUUUUCCAAUCAGGGGAUUUAGGGCAUUUUUAUGGUAGGUGUAGGGUAAUACUGUAUGUUUAGGAUUGGUUCCACUCACCACAUCUUCCUUAGUAAUUUGCUUUGCUAUAAUAAAGUGGACUACUGCUUGUACUAGCUUGUUUGAUGGAUUGCUUUGUUUGUUUCAUGUCUGUAUGUACAUAUUUUAUAUUUGUUUAAUAGUAUAUAAUUACUAUUUACUAAUAA